AUGGUGAUGGCCAAGAAGACGCAAAAACCAUUGGAGUCAAUUAGCCUCAGGCUCCAGAUGGUUAUGAAAAGUGGCAAAUGUGUGGAGAGCUGCAAACAAACUUCAAAAAUGAUUUGUCAAGGCAAAGCAAAAGAUGGUUAUUGUUGCCUACAACUGUCCAGUCUUGAGUACACAGAGAUUGAGUACUGUGCUAUGUUAGCCAAGACUGGGCUGCAGCAUUAUACAGGCAACAACAUUGAACUUUCUGCUAAAUAUUAAAGUGUAUGCACACUGAUUGUUAAUGAUCCUGAUGUCAUCAAAAACAUGCCAGAGCAAAUCAGUAUGAAAUAA